AGGGCAAGGAAAUCCCAUCAUCGUCAGGCACUUCAUUAGGUCGUGGCUGCGGCGAGGGUUGCUUACAAUCAUCCCUCACAUCUUAAUCUUCUCCCGCGCCUCAGUAGCGAACAUCCCAGUGUUGGCAUCUGACCUUCUUGUGAAUUUCCUGCGAGCGUGUCGUGUGUGUGAGGACGGCAAGGGCAGACCCGCAUCCACACUGCCGGAGAAGGAGGCACAGCGUCUUCCACGAGUCGCGACAAGAGGAACAGCAACACCAGUCUUGAAACGAAACACGCCUUGACUCUCCAAACAGCAUGGCACCGCAUCCCUCGCUGAGCAGAUAGCCGCGGCCUCAUCCUUCUCUCCUCCUCUACGCCAGUGACCCGACCCACGUGAGUUGUAGAGAGGCGGCAUGCGGCAGGACGUGGUGGUGUGGCCUUGGGUGGUGGCGUGGGCGGCGGUGGCUAACGUGGCGGUGGGCGGCGGGGAGCAGAAUACCACCACCCUCGCGGCCCACCUCCAUGAUGCCCACGCCCGCGGCCACGCCCAUGACAUGUGAGGACGCGCGCAUCAAGUGUGCACUGCGGGCGGGCUGCGGUAUGGCGCUGCAGAACUACAUGCUGGGCUGCGCUGACCUCAUCUCGGGCAAGAGCGCGGAGUGCGACCCCUACUGCAGAAACUCCCUCAUCGCCCUCACCUCCACCGAGGAGGGGCACUCCCUUAUGGAUUGUGUAUGCAGCGACGACUACUGCCGGGAGAGCAAGCAGCGCGUGGAGGUGUGCCGCGUGGAGGUGCUGCGGGCCAACGCUAACUCCACGGUGGUCACCUGCAGCGUGGCCCACUGGAUCUGCUCCGCCGACACCCUGUGCUCCACCGCCAUCACCUACUACGACCGUUACUGCCGCAAGAUGUUCCUUGGCAAAGAGUGUAGUUUCCGGUGCAACAACAGCCUGGGCAUCCUGCAGCGCCAGGCCAAGGCGGCCAAGCUGGCCAGCUGUACGUGUGAUGGCACGGAGCCCUUCGACUGCGAGGGCAUCAAGAACAACACGGCGCGGCUGUGCUUCCCCCACCAGGAAAAGGUGGCGGAGGAGGAGCAGGAGCUAGAGGAAGAGGAAGAAAGAACGAACCAGGUGGAAACGUCGGGGGACGGCGACUCACUCCCUCAGCGGCGCGGGGGGCAGCAUCGGCGGGGGCACGCUGCGGGCAGCUCGUCUCCUGCUGCUGCUACUCUGCUUGCCUCCUGA